AUGCAGGAACUGAAAGAGCAAGAUACUCUCCAACUCCAUGAUGGACUCAUAGGACUCUCAGAUGAAAAUGAGACCCAGGGUAUCAAACGAGAAGCCGCAGUUGCUAGCCCUCCCAAAGGGAAAAAACAGGUUUCAAGUUUGGCUCUCGUCAAGGAUUUGCCUGGCAAGCCCCCAGCUCGUCAAGCCAAGUGCAUGAAGAAACCUGGCAACAACGAUCUCCCAGAUGGUGUUGAACAAAAUCUGUGGUGCCAUGUCUUUGUUUCUACUUACAUGCAAUAUGUUGCAACUCUGGCUAACCCCUGGGAGGUUCCCUCCAAGUUGGCCUGCCAGAAAUUUCAGGUGAUCUGGGACACAAUUUUUCUCAACAUCUCGUGCACAGUCACGAGCACGAGCACUGUGUAUCUCAUAACUGUCCAGCGUGUUGCUGACUCCUAUCGAAGCUUCAUCAGCUCAGCAGCCAUUGCAAUCGUCAUCACAUACCUCGAGUCCCAGGACACACUCAAGCACUCGAAUGAUAAUCUCGUUGAAUUCACUACUUAUGCGCUGGACAAGCUUCACUUCUUGUACAAGAAGGCAAAUGGUGAUGAUAAAUCUAAGUUCUGUGGCCUUUAUCAAGGUGUCUUCAUGGUGCAAAUGUUUGGCGCUUGCAAGAUACAUGGACUACUAGACAAGCCAGGAGAAGACUUGAAUCCUGCUGGGGGUCUAGCACUGUCAUGUGCUGCAGUUGAACGAGCAUUGACGCUUAUCACUACUCAUACCAUAACCAUUGAAAUGGUUCUCGCUGUCAAGGGCAAAUCUAUACCCUUGCCAAAGAUGCUCAAUCACUCAACCGGCAAAGUCUCCAAUUGCCAAAUGGGCCUCAAUGACGUCACCUGGGGUUCUUCCAUGCGCUCAUAUGAAUUUUCCAAGAAGAGCCAUCAUUCUGGCAAUGAUAGAGCCGUUGAUGAUGCUGUGGAUGAUGAAGACUUCGACGAACACGCCCAGCUUGUGGACAUCUCAGAGUCCGAGUCUGGGUCCGAAGACUCAGAUAGCUCUGACAUGGAGUAG